GCAGAUGCACUGGCGGAAAUUACGUCACAUAUCACCCGGAAGUUUAAAGGAGAGAUCAGAUAGGCGUUUCGACGCCAUUGCAGCAGAGUUCCUGAGAAAGUCAGCCCCAGAUAGCAGAAUGGGCCGUCACUUUGGAGACUUGGCCAGGGUCAGGCACAUCAUCACCUACAGCUUGUCCCCCUUUGAGCAAAGGGCCUUUGCAAACUACUUUUCCAAGGGAAUUCCCAACGUGUGGAGGCGAUUUACAUCAUCUGUGUUCAGAGUUGCGCCCCCAAUGGUGGCAAUGUACUUGACCUACACCUGGGGUAACCAAGUUCACGAGCAGGGAAAGAGGAAGGACCCCAAGCAGUUUGAGAAUGAUGAGUGAAGCCUGUCUUGGAUGAUGUUCCUUCUCACAAAUAAAGCAAACCUGCGCUUUCCUUUUUAUUUA